CUUUUUAAUUCCUCUCCUGUUGCCUCUUUCCAGCUGUUGCCGGUUGGUCUAAUUAGCUGCUUGGUUGGAAACUUCGGUUGCUGCCUUAAAAAGCUCCCUGAGGCAUGGCCAUGAGGGGGAGCACAAACUGCAGCAUGUGUGGCAGAGCUCUACAUUUUACAACUUUCCUUAGUGGAACAGGAAGUAAAGUUUUCUCUCAGCUCUGGCUGCGUAUUCUUUCAGGUCAUUGUGUUCAGGCAUCUUAAAGUGAUGGUGGAUUCAGAGGGACACAAUGAAAAGCUGCCAAUGAGCGAAUUCUAUGUAAAGUAGCGGCCAUGGCUGCCCAUCGCAUCAUCAGAGUGACGAGCAACAAUCACAUCCUCCCUCGCUGCAAGUCUGAGGGGACGCUCAUCGACCUCAGCGAAGGGGUCACCGGGGCCAGUCUUAACGAUGUUAAAGUGCCUUCUCCCAGUGCCUUAAGGCUGGACACUUCAGCCUCCUAUGGAGAUGCGCAGGAAGUGGUUGCCAUAAAGGAUUAUUGCCCCAACAGCUUCACCACGCUGAAAUUCUCCAAAGGUGAUCGUCUCUAUGUGUUGGACACGUCAGGUGGAGAGUGGUGGUACGCCCACAACAACAUGGAAAUGGGCUACAUUCCAGCCGCCUACGUCCAGCCGGUCAAUUUCAGGAACUCUUCGCUUAGCGACAGUGGGAUGAUUGACAGCCUUGGGGAAGGAUACGAGGAUGGGUCGAAGGAGUUUGGAGGUUUGGGGGAGUGGACAGGGAUGACCCUUAAGCCCUCUCCAAUUUACAAUAACAGUCCCUUCUCUGUGAACCCCUUUAUCCGUCCAAUAGAUCAAAACUGCAAAGAUUUAGGUGUAAGGAACUCAACAGACCUUAUUCUGUUUGAUGCACUGGCAUCUCCAUCAUCUUGCUCAAACUUUAACACUAGUACAAUCAUGACCAAUGGGUUCAGCAGCUUCCACAUUAACAACACCACCCCAACCAGCCCAAACCAAGAGGUUGUACCUAACCUCCAGAGGGAUAACCCGUUUUUCAGGAGUAAACGUUCCCACAGUCUCUCAGAACUGUCAGUCCUGCAGGCGCAGUCCAAUCCAACCUUACCUUCCUCGGGAUUCUUCACAGGUCUUAAGGCUCCUUCACCGGAGCAGUUUCAGAGCAGGGAGGACUUCAGGACUGCUUGGUUGAACCACAGAAAACUAGCCAGGUCUUGCCAUGACCUUGACUCCUUGGGCCAGAGUCCCGGGUGGGGCCAGACACAGCCGGUGGAGACCAAUAUUGCGUGCAGGUUGGACAGUAACGGAGGAGUUGUUCAGCUCCCGGACACCCAAAUCAGCAUACACAUCCCCGAAGGCCACGUCAGCCAUGGAGACCACCAGCAGAUCUCCAUGAAAGCCUUACUAGACCCUCCUCUGGAGCUCAACAGUGACCACUGCUCCACCGUCAGCCCUGUGGUGGAGAUCAAGCUGAGCAACAUGGAGACCAAGUCCUUUAUGACGUUGGAGAUGAAGGUAUUGGUAACUGUCAAGAAGGAGAGUUGUCACACUGCAGAGGUGCUUUGCGUUCGAAGUGACUGUAAAGAAGGGCCUUACACGCCCAUCCCUAAUGCUUACAUCUACAAGGAUACAGUCCAGGUGCAGCUGGAUAGUCUAGAGCCUUGUAUGUAUGUGGCUGUUGUGGUUCAGUCACAGUACAUCAGCCAAAAUACCACUGUUUGGGACCACGUGCAGAGGAAAGUAACUCUGGGCGUCUACGGGCCCAAGCACAUUCACCCUUCCUUCAAGACAGUCGUGGCCAUGUUUGGGCAUGACUGUGCCCCCAAUACCUUGUUGGUAAACGAGGUGGGCCGGCAGGCUAGCUCCAGCCCGCCCGUGGCCCUCCAGCUGUGGGGGAAGCACCAGUUUGUGCUGGGGUACCCUCAGGAUCUCCAGGUGGGACUGUACUCCAACAUGUCCAACUACCAGGUGAAGGUGAACGAGGGCGCGGGGGUGAUUCGGGGAUUUCAGGUCAAACUGGGGAAAGUCAGCAGGCUCCUGUACAUGAUCACAUCACACAACCCCAACAGCAUCUCAGACUUCACUCUCAGGGUCCAAAUCAAGGACGCCCUUGACUGUAUCCUCACCCAGUUCUGCGUCCAAACGCCGCCACCACCGCCAAAGACCGGAGCAAGGAUAACGGGCCAGAGGAGGUUUCUGAAAAAGAAAGAGGUGGAUAAGAUUGUCCUCUCACCACUGGCGGUCACUUCUAAAUACCCAAAGUUUCAGGAUCGGUGCAUUACCAACCUUAAAUUUGGCAAGUUGAUCAAAACAGUGAUUAGACAGCACAAGAGCACUUAUCUGUUGGAGUACAAAAAGGGGGAUGUUAUUGCUUUGCUCAGCGAGGAGAAAAUCAAAUUGCGUGGGCAGCUGCGGACCAAAGAGUGGUACAUUGGAUACUAUCAGGGGAAGAUAGGCCUUGUCCAUGCCAAGAACGUUUUAGUUCUGGGUAAGGUCAAGCCCAUUUAUUGGUGUGGGCCGGACUUAACGACCACAAUGCUGCUGGAGCAGAUCCUGAAGCCUUGCAAAUUUCUAACCUACAUCUACGCAACAGUGAGGACGGUUUUAAUGGAGAAUGUGGGCAACUGGAGGGCCUUUGCAGAUGCCCUGGGGAACGGGAAUUUGCCACUGAAUUAUUUUUGCCGGACCGAGCUGGACAAUGAGCCGGAGAAGGUGGCAUCGGUUCUGGAGAAACUCAAAGAGGAGUGUACGAACAUGGAGAACAAGGAGAGGAAGUCUUUCCAGAGGGAACUCAUGAUGGCAUUGCUGAAGAUGGACUGCCAGGGUCUGGUUGCCAGACUGGUCCUGGAUUUCGUCCUGCUGACCACGGCGGUGGAGGUGGCGUUCCGGUGGAGGGAACUGGCCGAGAAACUUGCUCGAGUGUCCAGACAGCAGAUGGAGGCUUACGAGGCUCCGCACCGCGACAAGAACGGCCUAUUGGACAACGAGUCCAUGUGGAAGCCAGCCUACGACUUCCUCCUGACGUGGGCCGCCCACGUGGGGGACAGCUACCGAGAUGUGAUCCAGGAGCUCCACCUCGGCCUGGACAAGAUGAGGAACCCCAUCACCAAGAGGUGGAAGCACCUGACCGGCACGCUAAUCCUCGUCAACUGCCUCGAUACGCUCCGCGGUGCCGCCUUCUGUCCCACCGGAUAUGGAGAUUUCGCUGUGUGAACGUUUUUUAAAAGGGUCGUCUUCUUCGGGUCAUGUUGGGAGUUACUGGAGCUCAGUGUCUUGGACGGUUCGGCAGGACGGCAUUGAGGACACAAAGUUUUGGGGAUGACCGUCCAUUUCAGGGUGUCUGAUAAGCCUUGGAUCUUCAGGUCAGACAUGUACGUCCUGGUCUCUUGUUUGGAGGUUUGGAUCGGUAUCAUCGAAUGGCCAGAUGUAGAAAUGCCAUUUGGACAAUUUCUGGCAUUGGAUAAGUCAGUGUGAAACUGGAGGAUCUGCCUCUUUCUCUCUUUUCUUUUUACUCUUCUUCAUCUCUUUUUCCUCCUUCUUCUUAACCACUUUCUGUCUUUGUCUCUUUAAAGAUGUACGUCUAUCUCUAUAUUUUGCGUAUCCUACACUAUCACAUUUUCUCUUUCCGUCUCACACUUUUCUUUCCAACUUUUUUUUUGCUAUUCACCUUUAAUUCUUCUCCAACAGAUUACAGUUUGUAUGAUUUGUUCUUUCCGUUACCACGUCUCCCUCAGGACAACAUCAGAGACCUCAACCACUGCAGUACAUAACCACACAUACUGUGAACUUUGACCUCUCCGCCAUCUUUAAAAGCUUCAUUGAAGGCAGAGUGAUGUUUUAAAAAUGAAUCAGAAGUUGUUUAACACAUUCAAACAUUAAAAGCAUUUUCUGCAGUAAUUAGCUUGCCAAAAACAGUUAGCCCAAUGCUAACUUAACAUGUGACUCAGUGUAGUCCAUGCAGUAAAGGAACGGUACAGCUGUUUAUGCAAGAUAUACUUUUAUUUUUUUAUACUUGCAGAACAAUACAGGUGAUGUAUUAUCGACAGUGUUAUUCUUGUGUAUUCUUCUUGGUUUGGGUUUCCAUUGUGUAAUAUGCUGCAGUCUGAAGAGUGAGAAAUUCAGAAUCAAAAUUACAACUUUGGUAUGUUCUGUCCAGCGAAAAACAAAAGAACAUCGAACAUCCAAAUCCAGUUCCCUUUUUCAAGCAUGGAAUCUUGCACUUAUUGUAAGUGCAUCCCAUAUUUUCCAGAUUUAAAACUGUUGCACAAACAAAUGUUUUGUUUUAUGAAAGAUUAUGUGAUGAAGAUAGACCUAAAACGUACUUCAGAAAAAUAAAGAUGUCAGAAGUUCCUGCUAAAGGUGCCGUUACGUCACAUUUUUCAUACCAUCUUGGUGUUUUCUUAACUUUCUGACGUCUCCAAAGUGCAGCAUAAAUAUUGAAUUAUGUUCUUGUGGUACAUUUUACUGUUACAGUCAGGUACAGACAGGCCACCACAGUUUACUGCUCAAAUAAAUGAAACAUGUGACUUUAAACUGUGAAGAAUUAAGUAUCAGAAAAUAUCUAGUUUUUGUUCAAUUCAUAUUUAAAGAAGCCUUUUGUCUCUGAUUUGUGUCUUUUAUUUUGUGAUUUCAGCAGUAAUCAAUCAGCUUUUACUGUUAAUUUCUACAUCAGUCUUUCAUUCGGUGUUUGUUCCUGUUUCGUUUCAAAAGGUUUUGUGACUGCUGCGGUGUUCCUGUAUCUGUUUGGAAUAUCAACAUGCUCUGAAUAGAAAAUGUGUGAGGAGUUUAUAUAUUUGUACUGAAUGCCGAUUGAGUAUUGACACAUUCUUAGGCAACGUGUCGUGUCACCUGUGACAGAUCUGUUUCAGAAGCUUUCAAUAAAACAGGAAAUGUAAUGAAAAUCA